UGUUGCUUUGCUCAAAUGCGUAGGGCAGACACUUGAAACAUGAUUGGGAGCCUUAUAUAUUAUGGAUUAUACCCCCUCACAAAACUUAUCGUCAAAGUUUCAGAAUCGUGGUAUACGAGUUAUCCUACAUUCAUUAAUGGCAAAGAAGUGUGGAAUGGUGGUGGAGCCCCUUUCAGAAGGCUUAACGAGCAGCAGAUUGCCUUGUUGGAUCCAUGGCCCAGUACUGGGAGUGAACCUUCAGAGAGGCCUAAACCCACUACCCAAGACAAGAGGACCGCUAUGGAUCCACUGAAGAGCAUCUCUCUCAUGAAUUGCAGGGACGUGGUAGGUGAGAAGAACGUGGAGCAGGGGGUGCUUCACAAAGACCCAGAGAAGACUUUUUCAGUUCACUUGAAUGAACCUGAUCCAGAAUCUUCAGAAGAGAAGAAGGAGCAUGGUGAUCUAACUGAAGCAAGUGAGGCAAGAGGUGUUCCAUCAGGAAAGGGAGAUCAUGGUUUCAAGAUCUCACUGGUGAAAAAGAAGGAAGUGGUUUCUAUGAUUGAGACGGAAAUGUUAUCUACAUUAGAAUGGGCUCAAAUGCAGGCUGGAAGUGAAGGGGAAUUUUGUUCUCAGGAGGAAAGGAAGCUUGAUGAAGGGAUGAUAACAAUGGCAGUUUCCCAGCCAACACCUCCAUCAGAGGCAAUGAUGGCCAAUAAUGACCAUUCUGAGAAAUUAUGUGGAUUUGAGAUGAACACAAACUCCAGAAGUGAAGCCCAAGUGAGCGCACACAGCCCUGUAUUUGAUCUGGGUGCAUUGCUCGUGGACAGCAAUGCACAGUCCUUGAACUGUCUUCCACAGCUUCCAUCUGGUCCCACUGGUUGGCAUUUCCCAGUGGGUCUUGGCCUGUCAGAGACAGUACACUGUCCAUCAGUACAGUUUCCUGGCAUGAGCUACUACCCUGCAUUUCAAGAUGCUAACAAUUUUCAAGUGAUGUGGAGGCUGUGGGAGGACCUCAGUAAUGACUACAAUCACUCUGUAGCAGCUUGUACAGAUCCUUGGUCUAAGUUUGAGUUCACUGUUAUGUCCUACAAUAUCCUGGCCCAGGACCUUCUGGAGGCUAAUUCAGAGCUGUAUGUUCACUGUUCAGAGGACGUGCUGGCAUGGGACAGCCGGUUUCCCAGCAUCCUAAAGGAGCUGCAGACCUGGCAGCCUGAUAUUCUGUGUCUUCAAGAGGUCCAAGAGAAUCACUUCCUGGAGCAGUUGCAUCCAGCCCUGAUUGAGAUGGGCUACAACUGUGUUUACAAGCGCCGCACGGGCACAAAAACGGACGGCUGUGCACUGUGCUAUCACGGCAAGCGUUUUGUGCAGCUGUCCGUCAGCCUGCUUGAAUUCCGGCACCAUGACUGUGAGCUGCUGGACCGGGACAACGUGGGCAUCGUGCUGCUGCUCCAGCCUGUUGCAGCAUGUGGUCAGGGCCUUGAGUUCAGGCCCAUUUGUGUGGCCAACACGCAUCUGCUCUUCAACCCCAGGAGGGGCGAUGUGAAACUGGCCCAGCUAGCCAUAGUGCUGGCGGAGAUGGAUAGUGUGGUCAAGAAAUGCAAGGUCAAAGGGCGUGACUGUGAGGUCAUUCUGUGUGGCGACUUGAACUCCAUACCCAACAUGCCACUAUACCAGCUGAUUGUCACUGGCCAGCUCUACUAUCAUGGACUCCCAGCCUGGAUGGUAUCUGGACAGGAGGACUUGUCAUACAAAAUCCAUCACAGGAGGCUGUACGCCCCCCUGUGGCCCAGCAGUCUGGGUAUCAGUGACAACUGUCAGUACUAUGACUGUGACUCUCACCCCAAAGCAUCAGAGGAUAUCCAGUACAGCCAUGACUUCCUGCGGCAGCUGCGUUACUGUCAGGCAGCAUGUGUACGCCCUCCAGAUCUGGAAUUUAUACCAGGAGUCACCGACAACGCACCAAAUCCUGAAGAAAAGCAGCAAUUUGUUCCAAGGUUCAGGAACACCAUAUCUCAUGAUUUAAACCUGAGCUCCGUGUACAGCCCAAACCUAGCAGGCACUGGCCGCUGCGCUGUCACCACGCUGCACUCUGAGCGAGGCGCUAUGGUCGACUACAUCUUCUACUCCCCACGAUGGGAGUCCGCCAGGGAUCAUGAAGGCAGGGAGAAGGGUCUGACGCUCCUUGGUCGUCUUGCUCUGCUGUCUGAGGCAGACCUGUGGUCACUGCGUGGGCUCCCAAAUGAAACGUUUCCCUCGGACCACCUCAGCUUGUUGGCAAAGUUUCAGCUUUGUUUACCACUCAAAGUUCCAGUCAGUGUGGCACAUCAGGAAGUUCACAAAUGGUCCCAGUUUACCAAGCCUAAACAACAACAGGAAAGAGACUUGGCUGGAUCAAACCUCAUGGGCCGGGGCUUAAAAAACAGUGCUCCAAGUAGCUCAGGAGCCAUAAUUUUAUAAAAAAGACCAAACAGCAGAGUAAAAAUGUAUGGGA